AUGGCUAUUACCAAGAUCCACGCUCGUUCUGUGUACGACUCUCGAGGCAACCCCACCGUCGAGGUGGACGUUGUCACCGAGACCGGUCUGCACCGUGCCAUCGUUCCUUCGGGUGCCUCGACUGGCCAGCACGAGGCUCACGAGCUGCGUGAUGGAGACAAGUCCAAGUGGGGUGGAAAGGGUGUCCUGAAGGCCGUUCAGAACGUCAACGAGAUCAUUGGACCGGCCAUCAUCAAGGAGAACAUUGACGUCAAGGACCAGAGCAAGGUCGAUGAAUUCCUCAUCAAGCUGGAUGGAACGGCCAACAAGACCAACCUGGGUGCCAAUGCCAUCCUCGGUGUCAGCUUGGCUAUCGCCAAGGCUGGUGCGGCCGAGAAGGGCGUUCCCCUCUAUGCCCACGUCUCCGAUCUUGCCGGAACCAAGAAGCCCUAUGUCCUGCCUGUUCCCUUCCAGAACGUGCUCAACGGUGGUUCCCACGCUGGUGGCCGCCUCGCUUUCCAGGAGUUCAUGAUCGUCCCUGACACCGCUCCCACUUUCUCUGAGGGUCUCCGUCAGGGUGCUGAGGUCUACCAGAAGCUUAAGGCCCUUGCCAAGAAGAAGUACGGCCAGUCGGCUGGUAACGUCGGUGAUGAGGGUGGUGUUGCCCCCGACAUUCAGACUCCUGAGGAGGCCCUGGACUUGAUCACCGAGGCCAUCGACCAGGCUGGCUACACUGGCAAGAUUCACAUUGCCCUGGACGUUGCCUCUAGCGAGUUCUACAAGCCCGACGUCAAGAAAUACGACCUUGACUUCAAGAACCCUGACAGUGACCCCUCCAAGUGGCUCACUUACGAGCAGCUAGCCGAUCUGUACAAGAACCUUGCCAGCAAGUACCCUAUCGUCAGCAUUGAGGACCCGUUCGCUGAGGAUGACUGGGAGGCCUGGAGCUACUUCUUCAAGACCUCUAACUUCCAGAUUGUCGGUGACGACUUGACCGUGACCAACCCCCAGCGCAUCAAGAAGGCUGUCGAGCUCAAGUCUUGCAACGCUCUGCUCCUGAAGGUCAACCAGAUCGGUACCCUGACCGAGGCCAUCCAGGCGGCUAAGGACUCGUACGCCGCCAACUGGGGUGUCAUGGUCUCUCACCGUUCUGGAGAGACCGAGGACGUCACGAUUGCCGACAUUGCGGUUGGUCUGCGAUCCGGACAGAUUAAGACCGGUGCUCCUGCUCGCUCUGAGCGUCUGGCCAAGCUCAACCAGAUCCUCCGUAUCGAAGAGGAGCUGGGCGACAAGGCUGUCUAUGCGGGCAGCAACUUCCGCAACGCUGUGAACCUGUGA